AUGACCGCGGCCGACGGGCCCCUUGUUGGAUCGGAUGCCUGGGAGCAGCUCUCCCGCCCUCCCGCAAUUCACGCCGCAGAUCACGCUAAAUGGGGCAUGAUGCGACGACCUUCUACGAGCUCGGGUCGGCUAGGGGGGGAAGGGAGUGGCGGAGCGAGCACCGGCGGCGGCGGUGGCGGCGGUGGCGGGGGCGGUAACAGUAGUUCGACUAGUAUUUUGGCGUCUCUUGUUCCGGAACAUUUUACCUGCCCGUUAUCUGCGGACAUUAUGCGAGAUCCUGUGAUUAUAGCGUCCGGGCUGACGUACGAGCGUGCCUUUAUCGAGCAGUGGUUUGCGGAAGGGCACAUGACGUGUCCUAAAACGCGUCAGCGGGUAGAUCAUACUAACCUAUGUCCUAAUGUAGCCGUUAAAAAGAUGAUUACUGAUUGGUGCUUAGCGAAUCGCAUCACAUUAGCGCCUUUGGAGCCUCCCCCUUCUCUCGACGCGGUGAGGGGAUACGCGGGGGAAGGCCGCGGAAAGGGGGGCGGAAGCAGCGGCAGCGGAAGGCGGCCUCCUUCCGCCCAAGGUCCCGCGGACCGCCACCGGUCGCGCGGAGAGGGCCGUAGCAGUAGUCGAAAGGCGGAAGCGGAGGAGGACCAGGGGGAAAGGGGAGGGAUUGAGCGGCGGAACUCGUAUGACCGGGGAAGCGAGGACGGCCCGCGGAGGGAGCGGAAGGUCAAGGGGAAAAUGAAGGACGCGGGAGAAAGCAAGGGCGGGCGGGAUAGUAGAGAAACGAGGGAAGAGGGGGGGAGGGAAGCGGGAGAUCUGAGGGACAAAGGGGAGGUAGUGCGGGAGAAGAAAGGCAAGGGGACUGGCGACCGGGAGAAGCAGGGAGAGAAAGGAGGAACGGGGGUGUCGGGAAAAGAGCGUGCCAGCAAGAGCAGCGCGAAGAAGAAAGGGACUGAUAGGGACAAGAGGGAGGAUGAUGUGUCAGCGGAAGCGGAACGCGGGCACGAGAAAGACCGAGGAAUGGCGGCGGCCGCGCAAGGGCAGGGGCGGGCGCAGGCUGGGAAUGACAGAGAUCGGCACCAUGACACGUGGUCUGACUCAGAAGAUCAGGAUGAAGAUGCUGACGUGGCAGGCGGCAGGAAAAGGGACAAGGGCGGCGCCGCCGCCGCGGCGGGGGGAAAGUCCGCGGGGAAGUCCGCGACGUCGACGGCGCCGAGGAAGGUGCGGAAGGCGGUAGGGCGGAACGCGAGUUGGGGCGCGCAACCCGCGCAAUUAAUAGACUCUGGCGGGAGUAGGGUCGGCGCGCUGCUGUCGGCGGGAAGGGAGGCGCACGAGGGCAGCAGCGAGGGAUCCGGACGUAGAUUAAAGGAGCGCGCGGAAAAAGCGGAGACGGGAUCGGCGCGGAGAGGCGGCGCGAUGUCUCUGGGAACGACCCCCGAGCAUCCGAAGCGCGGGAUUUUAAAAGGCGGGAGUUCCAGGGAGUUUGGAACUAGCAGGAGUGUCGCCAGCGCUUCCGCCGUCGGCGCAGACAGUUCCCCGAUGCGCAUGCGCCGCGGCAUGCGCGGCGGGUCGCUGUCGGGGCGGCACGACGUGUUUGCUGACGACAGCGGCGGCUUCGAGAACAGCCAGAGGCGGUUCGGCGGGCACGAAAUGGAUAUCACGGUGGCAGCGGCGGCAGUGGCGGGGGUGUUUCGCGAUCGUGGCGCACCGGUUUCUCCGCGCGGGGAGGACGACAGCGAUGGGGAAGGGGAAGGGGAAGGGGGAGGGGAACGCGGAGGGGGAGGACAGGAUAGGUGGGAACGUGGAAGCCCCGGGAGCGGUCGGCAGAAUCCGGUGCUUGAGUCGGGGAGAAGGGGGGGGAAUGAUGCGCGCGGGGACGGCGAAAGGGACGGGGAGGGGGUAAGUAUCGGGGGAAAGAUGCCAGCUGGGGGGGUGAAUAUGGAGGCCCUAGCGCACGUGAAGGUCACGCGGAAGGAGCGCGCGCGGCUGAUGGAGCUAGCGGCGCAGCAGCAGGGCGGCGGAAGCGGCGGAAGCGCCAUGGGCGGAACGGGGAGCUCUAGCGGGCGCUUCAGCGCGGCCGUUCUAGGCCUCGAUCUGACUCCGGAGCACGAUGAGAACGGGGAGGGGAGCGGAGGCACAAGCACCGCGGGAGACCUCCCCAGCGGCCCGCCUUCCCCCCAUGCCGUCCCCCAGUGGCGGAACCUUCUUGUCGUGCGCACGCCCAUGGCUUCCGCCACUACUUCCCCCAUCAUGUCCCGCCAGGGCAGCCAGCGGGAGUCCGCCAGCGGGGGGAUUGCGGGCGCGGGGGGAGGGGGCUUCGGGGUGAGCGUGCAUGCACUGCGCGCGCGUGUCAUGGAGCUGGGGAAGGGCUCGGCGGGAGAUUUGGAGAGCGGGGGGGGGGAGGGCGGAGGUGGAGGGGGAGGGGGAGCGGCGGAGGGGGAGCGCAGGCUGGGGGAGCAUUCCCGUACGAAGACGUGGGGAGGGGGGGCGCUAGCGGCGCUACAGGGGGAAGCCGGGGGAGGGGGGGGCAAACAAUCGCAGCAGCACGCGCCGGCCAGCCAAGGCCGCUCCCCUCCCCUCUCCCGCCCCCCCCGCAACUCCCCCAAUGCCCCCGCUGCGCCCUACUCCGCCCCUUUCCCCGAGCCCCGGAACCUCUCCCGCCUGUCGUCCCCCCCCGUCCCCCGCCCGCACUCCCCGUUCCACUCCCCAGCCAGCGGGAGGUCCGUCAGCAGUUUGGGAGGUUCGGGGUUGUCUGGGAGCCAGGAUGACCUGUCCGCCGCCUUGGACCAAACCGGAGCGGGAGGCUCGGGGCGGUGGUCCGGGAGGGGGGGAGGGGAAGGAGGGGAGGGCGGAGGGGGUGGGGGAGGGGUUGGUGGAGGGAGCAUAGGAGGGAGUGGGAGGCAUGGUGGAGGAUCAGAUGACGCUGGGGCGGGGAGUGCGGUUGGCAGCGGUGGCAGUGGUGGUAGCAGCGGUACAAAUGGGCGCAAUGGGACGGGAGCAAGCCCUGCAGAGGAGAAGGAGCGGCUACUGGGGCGAGGGCGGUCGUUGAGGGAGCAGCAGGCAGAAGGGAAAGCGGAAGGGAAAGUGGACCAGCGGGGAUUCGAACCCCCACCUAGAGCAGGGAGGAGAAGCUUGGAUCUGGAGAGGACGAAAACGGGAAUGGGGACGCUAGCAGCAGGGGGGGGGACGGGCGGGGCGGGCAAAGGAAGGGGGGCAAGUAGGGGAGGCGCGGGGAGUGGGGGAGAGGGGGGAGGGGGGACUGCUGGUGGGGGGGCAGGAGGGGGAGCGGGAGGGGCUGGCGGAGGGGCGGGCGGAGGGGCGGGCGGAGGGGUUGCAGGAGGGGGGGUAAUAGUAGGGGAUCACAGUGUGGGUCUGGUGAUGGGCGGGAGUGGUAAAGAGCGGUACGUAAGUGCAUCAUUCGGUUCUGUGGUUCGCCCUGCGAGUGCAGACACCCACAGGCGCAACAGGAGCGUGGGAUGGAACCUUCUAGACCCCAUGGCGAACCCAGGGGGAGGGGCAGCAGCAGCAGGAGCUGGAGCAGGGUUAGAGGGGGCACCAGGAAGGGGAGGAGGGGGAGGGGGAGGAGGAGGGUUGGGUAGAGCUAGAGACCCGUGGGAAAGGCCGGCCACGCCAGAGAGAAGAGGUGGGGAUAGCAGAGGAGGGGCGGGGGCACUGGGUGGGUCGGCACGGCGGGCGGCAGGCUCCGACUUCUUCUCUACUGAGGGACCGGGCGGCGCAGGUGUGGACCUGGGAUUCGAUCCUGAUGAGCUGGCAGCGCAGCUAGGAGCGCGAUUCUCCCAGCUGGCUGAAGAUCUGAGGAGCGGGUCGAGGAGUAAGAGAGUGGCAGCAGCGCGGACGAUCCGAAUAGACGUGAAAGGGCAGGGAGAGGCAGAGAUUCCGGUAGCUCGGAAGCAGCUGGUGCGUGCCGGGGUGAUUAAAGCCCUGGUAGCUGUGAUCAAGCGGGAGGGCGGGGCGGGAGAGGGAGGAGACGGAGAGGGGGAAGGAGAGAAGGCCGCGAGGCUGGAGGAGCUAGAUCAGGUCGCUGCCGCGAUUCUCGCUCUUGCUCUGCACUGGGCUGCGGCUCCUGAUUUAGCUCGAGCCGGGACCAUCCCUGCUCUAGUCCAGGUCUUGAAGCAAGGCUCUCAAUCUGCCAAAGCUGCGGCUGCGGCGACAAUGUAUGUUUUGGCGAAAGAGGAUGAUUUCCGGGGGGCGGUGCGGCAAUCGGGGGCCGUGCCACUGCUGCUGACGGUGAUCAAAGACGGGACGCCGAGAGGGAGAAAGGACGCGGCUCUGGCGCUGUUUGCGAUCUCGCUGUCGACGCGAGGAGCCAAGGAAGUGGUUUCAGCGGGGGCGAUUCCUGUACUGCUGGAUGUGAUCGGGCAGGAGGAGGAUCUGCCCGGGCUGGAAGAAAAGGCCGUGGCGGUGCUGUUGAAUCUUUCGCGGCUGCCCGAGGGCUGCGAGGAGAUUGAGAGGAGCGACGGGAUGAUGAGAAUGGUAGAUUUGUUGGAUGAAGGGGCUUCGGAGCGGUCGAAAGAGGAUGCAGCUGCGGUGCUGCUCGCUAUGGUUAAAAUGGAGAUUGUCACUGUAAAGGAUCUGCUUGCAGAGGGGAUGUUGCCGUCGCUGGUUCGUGUGGCUGCUGGUGGUGGGAGCGAGAGCAAGGCGGCGGGAGCAGCUGUACCAGGGGGAGGGAAUGUGGCUCCGGAAGCCAAGGAGUUGCUAGAGCUGCUGAGGAAAGGAGGGAAAGACGGGGGGAAGGGGUAG